UAGGCUCCAGCACCCCUGCGACCCUCGUGAGGACAAAUUAAUGAAAAUGAAUGAAUGAAUUGUGUCUUUGGCAACAAUCAUGUCAAGUCAUCAAUUACACGUAUUAAACUACAAACUGUGUUUUGUGUUAGCAUUUUUGGCUUUAGAUUGUGUUUUGUUUAGUGUCAGAUGUUCUGGAAUCAAGGUUCCACUGUAUACCCAAUAAAUAAUGGGCCCCCAAGCCUUUCUUUGGACACCUUUGCAAUGUACUUUGCAACGGUACUCAAAUAAAGAAUAAAAAAACAAAAGUGACAUUAUAGAUGUAAACCCUCAUUAGGUUGAGCUGGAGCCUAUUCCAGUUGGUUUAUUGUGCUUAAUCAUUCCUAAUGCAAGGCAUCCAUCCCUUGGCUGGUUUGAGUGACAGACCCCUAGUUCUGAGAAGGCAUCUGAACGGGACGAGAUAACACUUGACCCGACUUAUCUCCUCCCUCCCACUGACCCUCAAACACCCACCAGUAGACCCCCCCCCCCUCCUUGACAGAGAAGGAAAAGUUAGUGGUUGGUUUGAGUUAGCUGUGUAAAGGCCAUCAGGUCUCACAGCUAGGAGACCCGGGUUCGAUUCAUUGCAUGUACCCCGCCUCUCGUCCAAAGACAGCUGGGAUAGGCUCCAGCACCCCCGCAACCCUCGUGAGGAUAACCGGUAGAAAAUGAAUGAAUGAAUGAAUGAAUAUUUAUAGAGCCCUCUAGACAUGAAAUAACACCCCUAUAGUCAUCUUUCCAUUCAUAUUACCCAUUAUAAUUGACUCUGUUGCUGGUGCUGUUUUGCCAGGUCUCACAGCUAGGAGUCCCGGGUUCGAUUCCCCGCUCGGGCAUCUCUGUGUGGAAUUUGCAUGUUCUCCCUGUGCAUGUGUGGGUUUUCUCCGGGUACUCCGGUCUCCUCCCACAUUCCAAAAACAUGCUAGGUUAAUUAGCGGCUCCAAAUUGUCCAUAGGUAUAAAUGUGAGUGUGAAUGGUUGUUUGUCUAUAUGUCCCCUGUGAUUGGCUGGCGACCAGUCCAGGGUGUACCCCGCCUUUCGCCCGAAGACAGCUGGGAUAGGCUCCAGCACCCCCUGCAAAAAAGCGGUAGAAAAUUAAUGAAUAAAUGAAUAUUUGAUAUACAGUCAUUCAAUUUUUACAUGCUGCACGGUGAACUAGUGGUUAGCAUGUCGGAUGAUUCAAACGAUUCUUUGUGUGUACGUGCCUUGUAAUUGUCUAGCGAUUCAUAGAGGGUAUAGCCUUUCUUCAGGAGCUGAGUCAAAAGAUUCGGUUCUCUAAAAAGCGAUGAACUUCCCAUCACUGCUGUGUUACCCUCGUUUGUUUACUCAUAACACAAAGCUAAUAUACAAAAUGUAUCAUUUUUCUGGAUGCAACUCUGGGUGGGAUAUAUUCGGACACCCGUGCUGUGGUGUGAUGGAUCGAGGUGGGUGGUACCCCGUUAUCAACUUCCACACUGUGAUGACAGUGUGAGUGAAGUAUAACUGAAAGUGUCAGGCUGACAGAAACCACAAAAACCACCAACUAAAAAAAAAAAAACCCUUUUCAAUUCUGCUCAGUCGGUCAAUAUGAAAACAAAAGCAGUCAAAAACGAGGAUGACUUUGUGAAAGAGUGAAGACGAGAUCAGACGAUGGAUGAGAGAAGUACACCAGUAUUCACGUUCUUCCUGUUUUGUCUGAUUGCAGGGAUGCCAGCAGCUGCAAACAUUCAGGACGUUUGUUCCAGCUGCCACGUCAACGCCACAUGUGAUAACAAGUCAGAUAACUCGGGAAAAGUUUGCAACUGCAAGUAUGGUUUUGUUGGAAAUGGAAGAACUCUGUGCCAAGAUAAAGAUGAGUGCCAGAUAGGCGCCACAAAGAUAUGCGGGCAGCAUACAACGUGCCAUAAUACGUAUGGGAGUUACUACUGUACCUGCCUGGAUGGUUACAUGGCGUCCAACAACAUGCCGGUCUUCAUUCCAAACGAUGGAACCCACUGCCAGGACAUGGAUGAGUGCAGCGUGUCGGGGCAGUGUGGACCAGGAGGUCAGUGCAGGAACCUGGAUGGCGGUUUUGACUGCAGCUGCCAGCUGGGGUACCGAGUCCACAAUGGGAAAGAACCCUUUCAUCCUCACAAAGACAAGGCUUCAUGCAAAGUGGUGGACUGUGGCCAUCCGGCUUUGCAGGACAACAUGCUGUUGUUCUCAGCAACAGGGACCACAUAUGGAAGCGUUGCCACGUUUGUCUGCGGUGAAGGAUUUCUAUUGAAGAGUGGGGUCACCACUUCACUGUGUGGAGAUGACGGACUAUGGACAAGGACUAAUAUGAUCUGUGAAGUGGUUGACUGCGGUCCUCCUCCUCACUUCCCUCAUUCACACAUGCUUUGGAAUAAGAGCUCAAAGAUGGGCGCUGAGGUGUUUUAUCAGUGUAAUUUUGGGUAUCGGCACGCUGGAGAUAGCAAUGUCUCCACCUGCACCAACGCAGGGCAGUGGGAGGGUGCAUCUGUUCUUUGCCAAGAGAUAUUAUGUGGCAAACCACCCACAUUACCAAACACAGGAUAUGUAUGGAAUGGCACUUCCGCUCUUGGAAGCAUAGCAAGCUAUUACUGUAAACCAGGAUUCGAUCACAGCGAGGGAAGCGCCGUAUCGCGGUGCAUGUCUAACGGUAACUGGACAAAGCCAGACGUUUCAUGCAAAGAAGUUGACUGCGGCGCUCCUCCUGACAUCUCGAAUUCGGUCCGCUUAUGGGAUAACAGAUCUACUGUGGGCUCUGAAGUUGUUUAUCUCUGUAACUUUGGAUAUUACAAUAUUGGAGACAGAACUACAUCAGUGUGUACCGACACUGGAAUAUGGGACCAACCCAUUCUGCACUGCCAAGAAAUCAAAUGUCAGGAGCCUGUUGUGAUAACACAUACAAAAAGGCUAUGGGACGGCGCUACACAUGUCGGCAGUGUGGUCGUCUACCAAUGUGAUGAAGGAUAUGACACAAGGAGUACCAGAAACUACUCAGUAUGUGGAGAGAGUGGCCUGUGGGAGGAUAUUGAUCUUUGGUGUGAAGAAAUAAGCUGCGGUCCCCCACAAACGCUCCCCAAUACUAACCUCCUGUGGGACCGCUCCAUUCGUCCUGGCAGUGUGGUGCUGUAUGAGUGUAUCAGUGGAUAUUACCGUGAGAGUGGAGAAAAUAUUUCCACGUGUCAAACAUCAGGAGAAUGGGCAAAAGUGUCAUUAAAGUGCGAAGCAAAAUGUGGCCCAAUCCCCUUGCUUGCCCACUCAGAUGUGGUAUGGCAUAACAACAGUGUAGUGAUCCAUCGCUGUGUGAAUGGAUAUCACAGCUGGAGGGGCAGCGACGUCUCACUCUGCAGCAGUUCUGGUGUUUGGCAGAUGGCUACAAUCAAAUGCAUAGAAAUCAAGCCACCCAUCAGUCAUCUCCUUGUUUCCAAUGAAAAAUGUCUGCAAUGGAGAGCAGAGAAGUAUGAAGAGGAUACAGAAAUAUACAAGGUGGCCUACAUAGGAUCCAGAGACUACGACAGGGCCAAUGUUGACAAAAGGAAACAGUUUUUGAGCUCGACGGCAGAUUGGCUAGAGGUCUGUCUAAGUCUGCUUCCAGCCACAAACUACAGCAUCUCUAUCACGGCGAUGUCAAAGGGGUUCACAGCCUCCAUCAGCACCAACACCAGUUUAACAGUACCGCCAAUACCAGACGUCUACUACAGAGAAUACGAGACUCCUGCACCGACUUUGAGGUUGCACAGAUCACCCAAUAGUCUUGACCCAAUAAGUUUGUACCAAGUGUUUGUACUUCCUAUAGACGACACGAUGGUGUUUGACUGUUCCGCUCCCGUCGAUGGCGACACCGCGAGCAAAUAUGAUACCGUGAAAGGUUCCGUUCAAGCUCAGAUGCGCAUCAGCCAUAUUGGAACGGCGAUGAAUUUUACUGUGGGAGAUGGUCUCUACUACGGAGGCUUUUUCAACGCUCCUCUGGAGAAAGGCAGACACUACUAUGUUGUCUUGCGAGCUGUCAGUCAAUGGAAAAGGGACUUAAAAAGCUCCUGCGUCCUUUGGGCUAAAGUCACAGGUACAUCCUAUGUUGUGAGGGUUUCAUCGCUGUGCGGUGCUGCUACAGUAGGGCUGAUAGCUUUAGCUGUUUUGCUCAGAUACACUUAUAUCUGGUGUGUCAAGAAAACAUAACAACAAGCCUUCACGUACAUUAUUGCUUCAUUUUGUACAUAUUUGAAAUAAAAUCUGUAUUCCUUUGCAACAAUUUUGUUGUUU